AUGCCGAAUCUACCUCAAGGUGAACGCGAAUUAUUAAAAGAUAAAAUUCGAAAUUUUCAUAAAUCACUGGAAAAGGGUGAAUUUGAUAUGUAUAAGGAACCCGAAUAUGCUUCCCGAACAAAUUGGAUGAUCCAUUCUGUAGUAAUUGCACAAAUAAUAUAUUGGGGUUUUGCAAUGGAUACAAUUAAACGUCUAUCAACUCUGUCAGCUGAUAAAGAGAAUAUUUUGAAUAAAUUAAAGUAUGCAGGAUUUAUGAUACCCCUUGGCAUCUUUGCAAUGUUGCUUAUUCCUUAUUCGACAGUAUCCAGAUUUUCCAUAAUUAUUAAGAAUGAAAAAAUAAUGGCCAAAAUUGAGAACUCAUUAAAAUUACCAUUCUUGCGUACUAAAAUUGUUCCUAUCAAAGAUUUACAUAGUGCCGCACAAUUAUAUAAUGGGAUAGGUGUAUUUGGAUAUGGUGUUCCUAAAGGAAAAAAAAAGGGAAUCAUAGAAAAGUUAGGAAUCGUAAUCCUGAAAAAAAAAGGAACCAAAUUUCUGGGUCAUGCUUUUAAUAGAGACGGCACAUUUAAAGAUCCUAAAUUAUUUGAUCUAUUGUUUUAUAAACCUAAAAAGGUAAGUUAA